GCUGUCUGCGAGCAUUGAGCUGACUGGCGCCAUCCUGAAAGAAUGCCUUCACUGUAAAAAAAAAUAAAAAUAACACAGAGAGCAGUGCAUUCAGCGACAGAGGGAGAGAGAACUAGAGCUCUAUAGCGACAGAGAGAGAAAGAGAGAGAGAAAGGGAGAGAGAGAGAGGAAUGGAACCAGAGUAAGAGGGAAGAGGAGUACUACUACUGCAAAUAAACCCAGAUUUGAUCAAACGUGUGUUCAGUAAGAAGGCAGAAAACGUAUCCAGAUCAAACUGACUCGGUCUGUACCAUCAAACACACUUGUUGAGUUAACGCAACUUAGAACAAAAUUGCGGAACUUGACACGCAUUUGGAUGAGUAUGCGGACUUCUGAGCGGCGUUAGUAUAAAUGCAUGUGACUUUCAGACUUUUCAGUUAAUGCGCAUUUACUGAAGGGACGGAUCCGGUUUGGACAAUUUGCAAAUGACAAAAAGAACACAAACAUACGGACGGACUGUGUAAAAAUUGUCUUAUUCAAUUUCAGGUGAUCGGAAGUAAAACAAAAAUAAUAAAUCGAACCUGUGGAUUAAACAAAGGAGGAGUUUGGACAUUUUUGAACUUUCGUGCUCUUUGUAUCGGUGAGUGCAUGAACGUUUGCUAAAAGAAAUUAAAACGAUGGAAGUAAGUCCGGAGCAGCCCCGCUGGAUGACCCAUCAUCACCCGGUCAUUAACGGCCAGCAUCCCGAGACUCACCACCCGGGACUCGGACACUCCUACAUGGACCCAUCGCAGUAUCCCCUCGCCGAAGAUGUGGAUGUAUUGUUUAAUAUCGACGGACAGAGCAACCACCCGUACUACGGGAACUCGGUUCGGGCCGUGCAGAGAUACCCACCGCCACCUCACAGUAGUCAGAUGUGUCGCCCAUCAUUGAUACAUGGCUCACUUCCUUGGCUUGAUGGAAGUAAAGGCAUUGGCCCUCACCACAGUACCUCACCCUGGAACCUUGGCCCCUUCCCCAAGACCUCCCUGCACCACAGUUCCCCCGGUCCUCUGUCCGUCUACCCCCCAGCUUCGUCCUCCACUCUGUCCGGUGGCCACUCCAGCCCACACCUCUUCAGCUUUCCCCCCACUCCACCCAAAGAUGUGUCCCCUGACCCAACCAUUUCCACGUCAGGCUCUGGCUCGUCUAUACGGCACGAGGACAAAGAGUGCAUUAAGUACCAGGUGUCUCUGGCCGAGAGCAUGAAGCUGGAUUCGGCUCAUAGUCGGAGCAUGGCCUCGAUCGGAGCUGGCGCGUCCUCCGCGCACCACCCCAUCGCCACUUACCCUUCCUAUGUGUCCGAUUAUGGCCCGGGGCUCUUCCCACCAAGUAGCCUGAUAGAGGGUAGAGAAUGUGUUAACUGCGGGGCCACAUCAACUCCUCUGUGGCGAAGGGAUGGCACCGGUCACUAUUUGUGUAACGCCUGCGGACUGUACCACAAGAUGAACGGACAGAACCGACCCCUCAUCAAACCCAAGCGCAGGCUGUCUGCUGCCAGAAGAGCAGGGACCUCAUGUGCAAACUGUCAAACGACCACGACGACACUGUGGCGGAGAAAUGCGAACGGAGAUCCUGUCUGCAACGCCUGUGGCCUCUAUUACAAAUUACACAAUAUCAACAGACCACUCACCAUGAAGAAGGAGGGCAUCCAGACCCGUAACAGGAAGAUGUCCAGCAAGUCCAAGAAGAGCAAAAAGUCCCACGACAGCAUGGAUGAUUUCUCCAAAAGCUUGAUGGAAAAGAACAGUUCCUUCAGCCCAGCUGCCCUCUCGCGUCACAUGACCUCAUUCCCUCCCUUCUCACACUCCGGCCACAUGUUGACCACACCCACCCCAAUGCACCCCUCCUCCAGCCUGCCCUUUGCCCCACACCACCCAUCCAGUAUGGUCACAGCGAUGGGCUAGAGCACCCUGCUACCUCCUACCACCCAAUCUCCAGACGGUGGACAUCUUAAAGCACCGUUACCUUAAAGCCUCUCACCUGCCACAUUCUUCCGACCUUGAACCAGCUGGUGCUCUGUCUGAGCCCCCAAAUUCCUUCCCCUUGGUAUGCUCCACUUAAAACCCCCUAUCCCAAAUCAUGACGGAGAGACAGUGAGAACGAAAGAGAAAAGACUGUGACUUUCUUCAUCGCCCUCCAAUCGAGAACCCUUUCGCCAACCUUCAUUUGUGUACAAAUGCCAUCUUUCCAGUGGGCAUCGCCAGCUCGAGCAUCAAGGCAGACAUAUUACGAGACUUUAAAACUAUCCCCGUUCUUCUUCUAAACAUCUCCUCUUCUUCAUCUCUGUGAGACAGGACGUCCUUGAGCUGUGAACGAUGACCGGAGAUGAACUCUGCAUAUCUUUGUAAAAAUUGUCUGAAAUACAUUUAACGAAGACUUUUUAAAGAACAAAUAGAGAGGAAAUGCCCACGGGCAGCUAACUGAUAAGAAGGGUACGACUCAAACCUGGAAAUAUGCGGCGAUGCGGCCACAAUUUCUUCCAAGUGAUGAGAAAAGUAGGGAAAUAAGCGAGGAAAAGUAGAGGAAAUGGUGUGUAAUGCAUUAAAACUUGUAGUCAAGUCUGUUUCGCAGAUUACCAGCUACUCUUCUGGAUGUGUUAUAGGUCUUGGGCAAUUGGUUUGUGUUAACACACUUACAUAAAACACACACACACACACACACACACACACACACACACACACACACACACACACACACACACACACACACA